AUGCCAGCAGCCUGCCGGGCCCCCCUGAAAGCCCCCGGGGAGCUGGGGUGCUCGCUGGCUGCACCUUUGGGCUCCCUCCGGGAACACGGGGUCCCCGAGCUCCCCCAGCCCCUGGGCAAGAGCAGGAACAAGAAGAGGAGGAACAGAACGACCUUCAGCACGUUCCAGCUGGAGGAGCUGGAGAAGGUUUUCCAGAAGACACAUUAUCCCGACGUCUACGCCCGGGAGCAGUUGGCACUGAGGACGGAACUGACGGAAGCCAGGGUGCAGGUCUGGUUCCAGAACCGACGGGCCAAGUGGAGGAAACGGGAACGUUACGGGAAAAUCCAGGAGGUGAGGGAUGCUGGGAAGUUCCCUGCCCCCCCCCUUCCCCCCCCCUCCCCCCCCCUGCAGAACAACCUGUGGCCAAACUCCAGCCCCGGCAGCCCUGGGGGGCUCCUGCCCCCCCCCACCGAGAGCAUCCCCAGCCCCCCUUGCAUGUCCCCGUACCCCCACACCCACAACAUCCCCAGCUUCGUGGGUCUCCCCGCUUCUCCCGGUUCCCAUCCCGGCAUCAACAGCCUCUAUUCCCUACACCCUCUGCCCCCCCCGGCCUUGGGCCCCCACCCCUUCGAACCAGCAGCCGAACACGACUACAAGUCGCCCCCCCUGGUGCCGCUGAGGAUGAAGAGCAAAGAGGCCACCAGCAGCAGCCUCUUGAACUGGGCGACGUGA